AUGCCCAUCUCCGGGGAGGUCCGGGGACGGGUGGCCGUCCUUGCCAUGCACUCUGGUGGGGCGUAUUCCUUUGGACUACACAUACAGUCCCUAUGGGCAUCCUCUCGCCACUCCUGGAAUAGCGAGACAUCCCUUAUUGCCGGGGGUGGUUUGGCCGCCGAAAAGUCGGCCUCCGAGCAGUGUUGCAGCGGCGAUCGCUUGCUGUUAAGGUAUCGACAAGCCCCUAUUCACUGUACCAACUAUUCUGUAAUUGACAAGCAGGGCUUGAUCCUUCUCAACUCCCUCUCCAUGGCUUAUGCACUCACUGUCCUCCUCCCCUGUCUGGUGCUGGCCCUCGUGGUGGCCCGGCCUGUUCUCUACUGGGUUCUGUCCGUCGUCGUAGAUGCCUUUCUACGAUGGAAAUACCCACUGCUCCAUCCCCCGGGUGUUAAACCCCUGCCGCGUGCUCGUUAUUCAUGGCCCAAUGGUCAAGGCACAGAAAAGUUUUUCAAUGGACGUUCGGCUGCCAAACAGUGGCGACAGCAAUGGGGUCCGAUGUAUCAGAUUUGGUCCGGCUGGUCCCCGGAAAUUGUGCUGACCACUCCUACCCACGCGGUCCAAUUCUUCCGUAACUCCCAUCGUCACACGAAAGCAGUGAACAAUGAUUCGGGCUGGCUGUUUGGCGAAGUCCUCGGUGUCUGUGUCGGCUUGCUCAGUGGCUCUGACUGGAAACGAGUCCGGCAGCAGGUCGAAGAGGGCUUUUCACGUCCUGCCGCCGCUCGGUAUACGGCUGACUUGGUCACUCUGGCCCGCGAAUAUCUUCAGAGCACGAUGUUAACGUCAUCCGAACAAAGCCUCAAAACGCGAGGAAUUAUUCACGUCGAGCCAGCCAAGGCUCUACAGUUCUACCCCUUUUUGGCGGUGGCUCAGAUCUUGUUCGGACGCUUGAGCCCGAUGCAGCGUACCCAGCUGACCACGCUCGCUCCAUUGAGGGAGGAAUUGUUCAAGGAGGUCAUUCGGGGGGGCAUCAAUCGCUUGUCUAUUGCGCCUUGGUUCCGGUCGCGGGGCGUGCGCCUCUUGAAUGAAUUCCAGGCGCAGUGGGGGCAGUUUGUUGAAGACGCCUACCACACAGCCGUCAAGCGCAAUCAAUCCCCUAUUCCGCUGGUCAUCGGUCUGUGGGAGGCCUAUCAGGCGGGGACCAUCAGCAAACGUGAAUGCCUGCAAACUCUCGACGAAUCGUUAUAUGCCAAUCUGGACGUCACCACGCAUGCCCUCUCCUGGAAUGUGUUGUUGCUGGCGGAGAAUAUCGAGGCCCAGACGGAACUGCGACAGGAAGUCCUGUCUGCGCUGAAGAACGAGGCCAGCGAGUCGUAUGAACGAUACAUUGACCGGGAAGACACGUUCUUGGCUGCCUGUGUGCUGGAAUCCGCACGAUUGCGCCCUAUACUGCCAUUUUCCAAUCCUGAAUCGGCGCCCGAGGAUCAAUACGUGGAUGGCUAUCUCAUCCCCCGCAAUACCAAUGUUAUUGUGGACGCUCAGGCGAUCAACAUCCAUAACCCUUUCUGGGUCAACGGAACUCAAUACGAUCCUCGACGUUUCUUCACUCUGAACAAGUCAGACGUCCGCCAUAAUAUGUGGCGCUUCGGGUUCGGGCCUCGUCAAUGCCUCGGCAAGCAUAUUGGCGAGCGGAUGCUUAAGGCCAUUACCGCCGAGAUCAUUCGCCAGUAUGUCGUCUCUAUCUCAGCAGACAGCGCUUCGGACAAGAAUGUCAUGCAGGAGGAUAGCUGGGUGGGAUUGCCUGCGACACGGAUUCAGUGCGAACCGGUAGCUGCGGACGAAAAGGGAGAGGACGGGAGGGUCGAUGAUGAUUAG